AUGGGUGUCGAGCUUCAAGGGAAUGGGGUUGACGAGGCACCCAUGAACCCGACAUUGGCGGUCCCCUUGUACGCCAUGGCGGGAUUUGUUUCGAUCUUGUUCUUUUGGCGAAUGCUCAUACGCAUAGCACAUCGACGUCGAAGGCUAAGAGCUCAACAAGAAACUGAUCAAAUACAACUUGCGGGAACUAAUCAAUUGACCUCACUAUUGAAGAAGCAUGUUUCCUAUGCUCCUUUUUACGGCACCCGUCACAGCCGAGAGCUUCGUGUUGGCCGCCUGCACAUGGGAACUCUUCCCUUGCGACUGGAGAUGAUACUCCUCAUAAUAUACCUCGGUCUCAAUCUGAUCUUCAUCUUUGUCAUGGUGGACUGGUGGGAAGAUUACUCGGAGAAGAUGUAUCAGCUCAAGUUUGCGGCCGGCCAUUUGGCCGUGAUGAACACGCCGGGUCUGGUAUUGAGCGCUGGCCGCAACAACCCGCUAAUACAAUUGCUCGAGAUCCCAUUUGACACGUUCAAUCUGAUGCACCGCUGGGUCGGUCGCGUGAUUGCCGCAAAUGCAGUGGUCCAUAUGAGCGCGGUUCUGGCAAACCAAGGGUAUUUGCACGGGAAAGAGUACAUCGCCUACACAAUUUGGCGCAUGCCUUUCUACAUCUAUGGGUUGAUCGCCGUCCUCGGUUUCGUCUUCAUCGUCCUACAGUCAUGGUCGCCGGUUCGUCAUGCCUUUUAUGAGCUUUUCCUGCACCUUCAUAUUGCUCUGGCGAUUAUGUCCUUCGUCGCGCUGUGGUAUCACCUGAAGAAUCUCUUGCAGCAACGCGUGUUAUUAGGCACGCUGAUUCUUUGGGGACUUGACCGCGCAAGUCGUCUUAUAGUUCUUCUCUGGCGCAACCUUGGUAAACGGCCCACGAACGCCACCGUGGAACUCCUCCCUGGCUCUGUUGCCCGUGUCGAUAUCGAAGUCUGCCGAGCUUGGACAUUCCGGCCUGGGCAAUACCUCUACCUUUAUCUUCCUUGUCUCGGCCUCUGGACUUCACACCCAUUCACCGUUGCCUGGGCGUCUUCCGAUUCGACACAUUCUCUUGAAAAACGUGAUUCUGAGGAUUCCCUUGCUACCUUGGUCAAUCGGUCAGAUAGGCAGACCAUGUCAAUCCUGAUCAAGAGCCAAGAUGGCUUUACAAAGAAGCUACAUCGGAAAGUUGAAGCCUCGUUUGAUGGCAGGUUACAGGCUACUGCAUUGGCCGAGGGGCCGUUCGGUGGAAUUCACUCUCUCGAGUCUUAUGGCACUCUUCUGCUCGUGGCUGGCGGCAUUGGCAUCACCCAUGCCGUGUCUUAUCUGCGCAAGUUGAUCGACGACCCUUCUAGCUCCCACAAAACAGCCACCCGCAGAAUGCACCUCGUCUGGGUAGUCCGCAACAUGAGCCAUCUCACGUGGAUCCAACCAUGGAUGAACGAGAUCUUUAACCACGACAUGCUCAGUCGCACCACUCAUCCUGGCGCCCAGGCCUCUGGCGAAAACCUCGGCGCCACCCUCUCGAUCAGCAUCUAUGUCACCGGACACAAAGAAGACCUGGAAGACUACGUGCCCGGUUCCAAACCCACGUGGGUCUUUCACGCACCGAAACAUAUUCCGCUCACCAUUGACCAAGAAAGACCGGAUAUGAAGACCUUGGUCCAGCGUGAGCAAAAGGAUCAGGUUGGUGCGAUGGCGGUUAGUGUUUGCGGGCCGGGAAGUCUUGGGGACAGUGUUCGGGAUGCUGUUCGGGAUAUUCAGGGGGGAGAAGAUCGUUGA